UGGUGAAAUAGCAAAGAAGAUGAACCAUUAUGCCAUCUUUUACACCAACUCAAAGGACUACUAGUAAAUAUGUGCCUCUUCAAGACCCCCGGAAUUUCAUAUACAUAAUAACACACUGUUCUAUUCAAGAGGAACUGGCAAAAAUAAGAAAAGUUGAACACCAAAAUUGGGUUGCUGUAAGAUCACAAUGAGCAGCAGUGGGUAUAAAAAUAUGUCCAAGACUCAGAGAGAGGAUAAGAUAUUAGAGAUAGCUAAAGUGGUUGGUAUAGUUGUUGGUGCAGUGGCUGGAAUUGCUGUUGUGGGGUGGGGUGUUUCUAAGCUUUUCUCAGGCUCUGGACCUUCUUCCACUAUCAAAAAAAUGAUGGAAGCUCCGGGAAGAGACUGCUACAUUUACAUGGAAGACUUCGAGCAAGACCCUUCUGGGUAUUUCCGCAGCCUUCGCGAUUAGGAAAGACGAUAUUAUUCAUCUUGCAAUUCUGCUUUGUGAUCUAAGCAGUGUUCCUUUUUUUUUUUGAUUUUCUGUUCAUGUCCAGUUAUUUUGCAAUGCUAAAUUAUAGAGAUUAUCAGAAUGAAACUAAAUGAAUAGGUAUGGUGCUACGUGGCUCUGGUGGUG